UCUGCCGAAGUGCCACGUUGGGCCCGGCUGCGGCGUGAGGAGCCGGCUUGGAACGCCGGCUGGUGCGCUCGCGCCGGGGCGCUGGCCGUUGGGGUCGUUGGGCAGCGCGGGGCGAGUCGGGAAGCUGGUCCGCGGCGUGCGCUGCGGGCCGCCCCGCUGCGGCAGCGGCAGCGGCGGCGGGUGGCUGUGGUCGGGCGGCGCGGCGGAACUUGGGCGGCGGCGGGUCCCGCCAGAGGGCGGCUCUGGCUGAGUGCGGAGGGGCCGGCGGAGAGCCCGGGGCAGCGGCUGAGGCGGGCCGGCGGCGGCGGGGGCCGCUGCCCCUGGAAGAGCCGGCCGAGAUGCUGGCGGAAAACCUGGUGGAGGAGUUUGAGAUGAAAGAGGACGAGCCGUGGUACGACCACCAGGACCUCCAGCAAGAUCUCCAACUUGCUGCUGAGCUUGGGAAGACAUUACUGGAUCGGAACACAGAGCUGGAGGAUUCUCUUCAGCAGAUGUACACAACCAAUCAGGAGCAGUUACAGGAAAUUGAGUAUCUGACCAAGCAGGUGGAGCUUCUGCGGCAGAUGAAUGAACAGCACGCAAAGGUUUAUGAGCAAUUAGAUGUCACAGCAAGGGAACUGGAAGAAACAAAUCAAAAGCUCGUUGCUGACAGCAAGGCAUCACAGCAGAAGAUUCUGAGUCUGACUGAAACAAUUGAAUGCCUACAAACCAACAUUGAUCACCUCCAGAGCCAAGUGGAGGAGCUGAAGUCAUCUGGCCAAGGGAGAAGGAGCCAGGGGAAGCAUGACCGUGAGAAAUCGGCACCCAGCUUCUCGUCUCUGAAAGAGCUGUAUGACCUCCGCCAGCACUUCGUGUACGAUCAUGUGUUUGCUGAGAAGAUCACUUCCUUACAAAGUCAGCAAAGCCCUGAUGAAGAAGAAAAUGAGCACUUGAAGAAAACAGUGACAAUGUUGCAGGCGCAGCUGAGCCUGGAGCGGCAGAAGCGGGCGGCCGUGGAGGAGGAGUGUGGGCUGGUGCUGAAGGAGAACAGCGAGCUGCAGCGGCAGCUGGGGGCCGCGGACGCCUGCCGAGCCCGCGCGCUGGAGCUGGAGGCCGAGGUGGCGGGCAUGCGGCAGAUGUUGCAGUCGGAGCAUCCUUUUGUGAAUGGGGUUGAGAAGCUGGUGCCGGACUCUCUGUUUGUCCCUGUCAAGGAGCCCAGCCAGAGCCUGCUGGACGAAAUGCUCCUGACCGUGCCCGAAGCGCACAGAAAGCCUCUCAAGCGCAGCAGCAGUGAGACGGUGCUGAGCAGCCUGGCGGGCGGCGACAUUGUGAAGGGCCACGAGGAGACUUGCAUCCGGAGGGCCAAGGCCGUGAAGCAGAGGGGCGUCUCCCUCCUGCACGAGGUGGACACACAGUACAGUGCCCUCAAGGUGAAGUACGAGGAGCUGCUGAAGAAGUGCCAGCAGGAGGAGGACUCCCUGUCCCACAAGGCUGUGCAGACCUCCAGGGCCAAGGACCCGGCUGCAGUGAGCGCCCAGCCUGAGCCUGGCACCCUUGGCUGGGAACCGGCCUCUGUCACCCCAGAGCCCAUCAGUUCCCCCACCACCUCGACGCCACCAGAAUACAAAGUGCUUUUUAAGGAGAUCUUUAGCUGCAUCAAGAAAACUAAACAGGAAAUAGACGAACAGAGAACAAAAUACCGAUCUCUCUCUUCUCAUUCCUAAGUGAACCGCCAGCUCCACUACUAAUUGGCCUGUUUCCUAUCACCUCUCUCUCCCACUCACACAAGUGUGUGUAGACCCCAAAGCCUGAUGCUGCUCCUGACGUUUGCCUCAUUGCUUUGCUUAUUUAGCAAAUGCAUACAGCGAGGGAGGAAGGUGGCUACCGGUGGCAGUUGUAUAAUCGAGUUCCAUUUAAGCUCCUCAGUAAAUCCCAUGACAAACUGGCCUCUGGCUGGCGUGAUAAUUAGGUUGUGAUUCCUUGAAAAACCCCAGAACCAGUGGAGGGAGAAUAUGUGCUCCUGGAGAAGUAGGCCUGGAGUAACUGUAGUAUAUAGUGUGUGUGUGUAUAUAUAUAUAUAUAUAUAUAUAUAUAUAUACGUAGUGUAUAUUAUAUAGGGGAAAGGGCAGAGCUGAAACAAAGCUAAGGCAAUUCCUACUGCCUCCUUGCUUAACUUCUCAAAACUAUGUAGAAGUCAGAUGGCUGCCAAGUGAAAAUAUCUUUUGCAAACACUGUUGGAUACUGUGAAUUCAUUAAGAAGAAUGUUCAGGAGAAAGCAGGGGUCUAAUCCAAAAUACAUGGCAUUAACAAAUACUCCAAGCCUUUGAGUUUGUUACAUGGGCUACCAGUUGAACUGUGACUGACAGGUAAUCCUAAUACAUUUCAGUCUAACUGAAUACCAAACUAAAAGGGCAGGCUCUGGUUGGCCCAGUUAGCUUGUCAGAGCCCUGGAGGGCCUCUUCCCCACAUUCAAAUGUUUCUACUCAAAGCUGUAGUGGUUAGGAUAGGCAAAUCAUUCUUUUCUUAAAGUCAGACUAAAGGGGCGAGACGAAACCCGUACCCGCACUGUGCUGUCUGAGCUGGCUCGCCUGCCUGCCAGCCUCAGGCCGCUCCGACUCACUUCUCAGCAUUCCCGUAAAUGUUUGUGACUUGCCGCAGGAAUUCCUGUCCGCCACUUUAUUAAACAGUGUUGCUGUCCUGACUGUGGAAAUAACGCUCAUCCUCUCACUUGCGUACUUUUAAUUUAAAACUAUUUAAGAGAACUGAGGUUCCAUUUAUUGUGUAUAUUUUUCUAAAAAUCAAAUAAAACUACCUAUGAAAAUGAA